AUGAGCGCAUGCAGCGAUUCGUCCUGCGAAAAUUUCUCGUGUGAGUCUCGGUCCCGCGAGGAUUGGCAAAACAGUCCCAGCGACGGCGCGCGUGUCCAGAACGUCCUUCCUCGACCAGCCGCCGCGCGCGACACCCUGCUUGCUGCAGCUCCUGUGGAUGUGCAGAGGCUGCGCGAACUGAAUUUAGAAGACCGCUCGGAGACUGCAGAAGACGGGGAAAGGGAGCAGCCUCAGCGCGAGGCAGAGAGGAAGUGUGCCCUAGAAGACGGAGCUAGGAGCGUGAGAGAAUCGAACCGGUUCCCGCGAAACGCCGCAGAAGAACGCUCUGCCGGCAUGUACGAACAGCGGCAAGACGCGAGAGUUCCUCCCAACGAAACCAUCUCCAAAAUGUGUGGUGGUCCCGAGCUCAUGUCGCGCAUGCCGGUCGCUCUUCCCACCACGAGGAGGUCCCGGCCCGUCCUUGUCAGAAACCGAGUCCGCUGCAACACAGACGGAUUCAUCAUCUUGCCUCAGCACCGCCGAGAUGACGCCGGGGGCACCUCAUACCUGAUUCCUCCUGCCUCCGUUGUCCCCAGACCGAGCGAACCUCCGAGCCAACCCCCGCAGUUCAACUUGGUUCCGAGUAUCUUGGGCGCUGUUGGCGAUGACGAAGGCGACCUUGCCCUGCCCCACCAGCAGACAGCCCAGUCUCCGUCUUCGCUGUUUUCGCCCUACGCGGCGGUGUCCUCGCUUUACCCAGAGAUGUGGAAGCCUAGGACGUCUGCGCCAGAGGAAGCGGUUUUCUCGUCUGGGUCAUGCGAUGCCGCGAAGAGUAGCUCGCGCGGAGCGUCGCCAGUCUCGAAAGUGGACACAGGGUUCAACGACGAUCGCACGGGGCCGGAGUCGACAUGCGGAAGCGACGUCGAUGCGUUCAAGAAGAGUUCUCACGGCUCGAUCUCUGCGUGUGUGUCUACACUCCCCGCCCAGAGCGACGAGGACAACCUGGAGAAGGCAGCUGUUUCGCUGCUGGAGCGCGUUUCCCUCUGUGGAACGUUGCUAAGUGGCGCACAAGACGAUGGCAUGGAGCAGCGGCGGCACAUAGUCCCCGACGCCACAGACACUCGCGCGGUGAGCGCUUCUAUGGGGAUAGAAUGCCCUCAAGGAUCGGGCUUGCCUCCAAGCGGCGCGCAUGCAGCCGUGAGUGCACACCCUGGCGGGGAGUAUGCGGCAAAUGGGUGUGUUGGUGUGGGGCACGAGUCCGCAAGCGGGACUGCGGCGACAGUGGCUGAGGCGAGAGGACGCCUGUCCUUCGAGUCGGGGGCUGACGUUCGAGAGAAACCUAGCGUCUCAGGCAUUCCGGCGACUGCGGUGAACGAACCCAGGGCCUGUCGCGAGACAGACGGCGCGCCGCAAGCGCAUGCGUUCGAGGGCGGCCUGACAACCGUGAACGGAGUCAUCCGAACCGAGGACCCGAAGAGGCGGGGGUCGAUCGACACUUCGGACAGCGACUGCACGGCGACUGCCCCAACAGAGCGAGCGCGCGACUUCACAGUGUCUCCUCUGUUGACAUUCGCUCUCGAAAACCUUCGGCGCCAAAGCGAGAACCGCGACAGCUUUGACGUCCCGGGCCAUGGUCUGCCACCGUCGCUGGACCUGCCCGAACGGAUGCACUCCCCGCGAGACUGAAUUUCUACGUUAACCGUUCGAGCACUCUUCCCCCCCCCCCGCCUCCCCAGAAAGCCGUG